UCUUUCUCGGUACUGUAAUCUUCUCGGCUGAUGCACUCUAAUAUUUUAUUUUCACGAUUUUGUUGGCAACAAUGAGCAAGAUCGAAAUACUUCAAGGUACUGCACGAUUGCAGAUAUGUUAGUUUGUGUAUACAACAAGUCGGAAAUCGAGCUUUCGAGAAUAAGUAAACUAACGUUUUUUGCUUAUUCGUUAUUGUAAAAGUUAAAGCGAGUAACAGUACACAUAUUGACGUAUAUUGAAAGGAUCUAAUUGUUCAGUAAGACUUAUAACAAUGAUUAUACCUGUACGUUGUUUUACUUGUGGAAAAGUGAUCGGUAACAAGUGGGAAGCUUAUCUUGGUUUAUUGCAAGCAGAAUACACUGAAGGAGAUGCUCUUGAUGCAUUGGGAUUAAAACGAUACUGUUGCCGCAGAAUGCUCCUUGGACAUGUAGAUUUAAUUGAAAAACUUCUAAAUUAUGCACCAUUAGAAAAAUAACAUGUUGCAUUUUUAUUUUCAAACCUCGUUUUGAGUAACAUUGUAUAAUGAUUAUAGAAAUUGUUAAAAUAAAAUGUUGCUAUAAUAUUUUGUACUCUUAA